CCUUAGAGGAAUGAUAAACUGAGACUCUUCCUCGCCUCUUCAGUGCGUGUCUUUUUGUUCAGAGCAUCACUGCUUUGGUUCAUGAGCUAAACGCUGCACGCUGGCGUCUAUUAAUCCUCUAUAAUAUCAUCAUUUAUAAGCACAUUUAAGGUGCUGAUUGGAAUCGCAACAAAAGGAAGGGACAGUAAGGAGACUGGGGAGGAGAGGUCCUUUCCUUGCAGCAAAGAAGCUGGUGAGUUUGUGGGUGACUCUUGAACAUCAGCCCCAGGCUCAUGAUGGCGCAGGUGCUGCAUAUGGACCCCAGCUUUCCAGGGAAACUCAACCCACCCGCUCCCCCUUCACUGCACGGCAAAGAGCAGGAGGCGCCCUACUCAGUGGAGACCCCCUAUGGCUACCGUCUGGACCUAGACUUCCUCAAAUAUGUUAACGACAUAGAGAAGGGAAACACCAUCAAGAAGGUGCCUAUCCAACGCCGGCCGCGCUAUGGCUCCCUGCCCCGUGGUUAUGGCUACACCGGCUCCUGGUGGACCUCCACAGAGUCUCUGUGCUCUAAUACCAGCAUGGACAGCCGGCACUCAUCCUUCUCCUACUGUGCACCAGGCUAUCAUACAUCACAGAGGCCCAGCUUUAGCACCGCCCGGGUGGAGAAAACCCUGUUGGAUGCACGUAGGAAGCUGGAAGAGGAGAAAGACGGGCGGAGAUUCUCCAACCUGGGAAGCAUGACCAGCAGCGUGGUGGGUUCGAACACCUCUCUUAGUAGUGCACACAGCUACAAUCGGGCCCACGGAGGAGGUGGCUCCUUCACCCCCAUGAGUUCUGGUCUUUCCACCCCGGUUACACCAACCCCAGCUCAUCUGCAGCAUGUUAGGGAGCAGAUGGCAGCAGCCCUCCGGAAGAUAAAGGAGCUUGAGGAGCAGGUGAAGACCAUCCCUGUACUCCAGGUCAAAAUCUCUGUGCUACAGGAGGAAAAACGUCAACUCAGUGUCCAGCUCAAGAGUCAGAAGUUUUUGGGCCACACUCUGGGUUUCAGUCGAGGGCGCCCCAGAGGAGAGCUCUACAUCGACAUCCCUGAAGAAGAUGUAAGCACUGGAGCUAAGAACAGCAACAAAACAGCAGGGCCACUGUCUCCUACCACUCCUGAAGGCUCUAAGCAAGACUCAGGGUGUGAGAUUGAGGACACAGUAAUUGUAGGUGGGGCACGACCAGACGCAAAGCGGGAAGUGCGUACCAUUGGAGUCGGACCAGAGGAUGUUAGGAGUUGUCGACAGAUUGGAGUUGGGGUUCAGGAGAAGGAUCUAGGACUCCAACCAGAGACUCAAGCUUUGAAGCAUCAAGUGGGUCAACUUGAGGGCCAGCUACAGAGGACGAUGCAGGAGUUGCAGGCUGCACAGCAACAGGUAGCACAGGCUCAGAAGGGCCCUCAGGCAGAGCAUCCAGUCAUGGCCACUAGUAUGGGCUGGCAAAAGGCUCAAGACUGCAGCCUGCAGACGCUGGUUAGCUUCACCCAGGAGCCACAGCAGAGAGAGCAGAGAACAGUGGGGAUCCAGGUGUACACAUUGGAGCAGCCUACGGUGGUGGAGGUGGGCGCACUGCUGCGAGCAGAGACAUGCAGCUCUCCCUCCAUUCAACCAGCAACCAGAGCACUGGAGGUCCAACAAAGAGUACAAACUGAAGAUUGUCCGGUUGAGUUGCCGAUCGCAGUCAGCUCAAAGCAGGUACGAGAUGUCCUAAAAAGUGAGUUGUCCACUUCAGUACCGGUGGCUGUUCCUAUCAUUGCCGUUGGCACUCUUGCAAAUCAGCCUGGUUCAUUACAUCUAAAAGGAGGAGAGACACACCUACAGACAACUGUAGAGGCCGUCCAGUCACAAGACGGGGUUUCAAAGUCAGGCUCAUCUCCACCAUCCUCCCUACGGUCAAUUAUGAAGCGGAAAGCAGAGGGCAAACAAGGAUCUCCGACCACCAAGAAAAACCUACAGUUCAUCGGAGUCAAUGGAGGCUAUGAAUCCACAUCAUCAGAAGACAGCAGCAGCGAGACCUCAGAUGAGGGAAGUGAUUCCAGUGAAUAUCACGAAGCCAGAGAAAAAUUACCGGAAUCUACAAUCCAACACCAGCAAAUAACCCAGAACAUAAUACAAAACAACAGCGUACCUCAGCAAACCGCCACAAAACUACCAGCCAUCAUUCCAGACCAGCAGAGUCUCAGCCAGUUUGCAAGUGCAGAUGCAAAAUUGCCAGACAAAGUCACCCAGUCACCGGCAGCUGAAACAUGUGACUCGCAACAACCCCCGGCAUCUGAACCCACCCAGACUGGCAGCUCCGUCAAAGAGACUGUCAGCCAAUUCUCCGAAAAGCACACAGUGACCCAAGAGAUAACCUCCACAUCAUCAAACACUGAAUCCACCUCUGAACAAAGCUCUGUAAAGUCCUCAGUUGCCUCUUCUGUACCAUGCAUCUCUGAAACCAGUGAGACUACCAACCAGCAAUACACUGUCCAGUCAGAAACGGCUGUCAUGUCUAGCCAAUCAGAAUCAAAGCCAGCAGCUGAGAGUAGCAGUGUGAGUGACACCGCCACCGCAUCAGCAAACCAAGUCAGACUGGAAGUGAGUGACAGCCUGAUGUCGGCUCUUUACGCCCUGCAGAAAGCCCUCGGGGAACCAAACGCCUUCAGCCAACAAGGAGCUAGGUCGGCCUACACCAGCGUCCUGCAGGAGUGGCUGCGUGUGUCCUGUCACAAAGCAGCAGACACGGCGGUUGUCAAGGCUUAUAUGGACACGUUCGCCUCAGUCUCCCCUCAGCUGCUGGAGUUUGUGAUCAACAUGGCAGAUGGAAACGGGAACACUGCGCUUCACUACACCGUCUCACACUCCAACUUCCCUGUGGUGAAACUACUGCUGGAUACAGGCCUGUGCAAUGCUGACAAGCAGAACAAGGCGGGCUACACGGCCAUCAUGCUGACAGCUCUGGCUGCGUUCCACUCUGACAGCGACCUUCAAACAGUCCUGCAGCUGCUGCGCACAGGGGACGUCAACGCUAAGGCCAGCCAGGCUGGUCAGACUGCGCUGAUGCUCGCCGUCAGUCAUGGUCGAGGAGACAUGGUGCGGGCGCUGCUCUCCUGCGGUGCACAGGUCAACAUCCGUGAUGACGACGGCUCCACGGCGCUCAUGUGCGCCUGCGAACACGGUCACGUUGACAUUGUGCGGCAGCUUCUGUCUGUUCCGGGCUGUGACGCCACUCUCACUGAUAAUGACGGCAGCAGUGCACUGUCCAUUGCUUUGGAGGCCAGUCAGAAUGACAUCGCUGUGCUUCUCUAUGCUCACCUCAACUUUGCAAAGCCUCCUUCCCCAGUCUCACCUAAGUCUCCUCUCCUGGGUUCCUCUCCUCCUACCGGUGACUUAAAGUAACGUACACUGCCUCUGCAGCUCCACAGCCAAUCCACAACAACUGCCCAUGUUUCAGUGUGGUGUUUUUCAUCUGUGUAAUUCAGAACAAAUACUUUUAAUGUGUGUUAGUUUUCACACAGCAUAAUUUAUGCACAUUGUAAGUUCAGAUAAAUACAGUACAUGAAGGCUUGAACUAACUUUAUCUGUUGCUUUUUGUACACAGUUGUCUGUUUUUAAUCACUGUAAUGGAUGAAAAUAUCAAUUUGUAAUGUGGUAUAGCCUAAAAAAACACCCUAUCUAAGUCGCUGUACAAACAUUACUCAAGUCCUGCAAUAAUCCAGUUUUUAGCACUGUUUUUAGGAGCACUUACAAAGUUGCUCACUAAAUUACAUUUCACUUUCACUUUAAACUUGUUUUAAUCCAUAAUGAUCUCAAACUAGUUGCUUUAUAGCACAAAAAUGUUUUCAUCCUAAUAUGUUCUAUGUGUGUUACAUGGUAGCAUUAUAAUGUAUGUGUUUGACCAUCACAGUCAUUUGGAAAAACAAAAUCUGCCCCUCGCAUAGAUAAGUGUCCUUGCAUCAACUAGCUCAUUGGUGCUAUAAAAGUAUGAAACAGAAAAAACCAUGUCAACAGUCUAUGGACAUUUAUACACAAGAUUUAUUUACUGUAGAGUAUUUUUGAUAUUGAUUUUUAUUCUGACUUAAUUCAGGACCUCCACAGAUCACAGUUUUUAUUUCCAUGCAGUGGAUAAUUUUGUUAAUCAGACUUUUUUAAACUAGAGGACAAAGUUUAUUUUAUGUGAUAACCCCAAAGAUUUAUUAAACCCCUCAGUUCUGUGACACUGUAUGCACCAACAGCAUCACCAUCAGUGUCAGUACGGUACUAUGGUCUUUACGUUUUUAUACAUGAAGGUAUUUUUGAUGGUUUUACUGAAAGAUUAGAGUGUAUCUGUGUUUGUGAUAAUCAGUGUGUUUAAGAUUUAACAAGACUGAAAGCAGUGGUGAAACUUGUUCACUUUGCUGAUGCUGGUAAGAAAUGUCAGGGAACCAGAAAGUGUCUGAGUGGGGUCUUAAAAGGACGUACCAUGUAAGAUAUUAAUAUCAAAAUAAUAUAUGACAAUAUAAACUGGUGGUUAUUAUGUUUAAGAUCUAAAUUUUUGAUUAAAAGUGCAAAGGCUAUUGAUGUCAAAUUUUCUAUUACUUUUUAAAAGUUCUUUUCACGGUUUUCUUAUUCACUUGUAAGCGAUUGAAUUUUUAUAAACUUUCCAUUUUUUAUUUAAAUAUCUAUCUUUUUAUACAUUUAGAAUUUCUAAGCCACACCUACAUUAUGUAAUCGCACAGCAACUUUAGUUUAUGAGGUUUUAUGAAGGUUUAUGUAAAAUUAUAGAUUGUGUUUCUCUUGUUCUAAUUUGUGCAUUUUGGAAAAACAAUUAAUAAAUGUCAAACACGUC